AUGACUGUUCUCCUAGAGACUGGGGGCCAUUUCGUUAUGGAGUGGAUGGUGGCAGGGGAGACAACCAUCCUCGGCACUGUGCCAGUUUCAUCUGAGCCCCCAGCAUCAUCCCCGGUUUCCCAUGCCCCAGGCACUGGGAGUUCUGGGUCUUUGUGUAGCCUUGGGGAGGCAUACCCCAGCCCAGCUGUCUCAGGAAUAACUUCCAGUACAGUCCCCUUCAAGCCCACUGAGUACAGUAUCCUGCCUGGUUUUUCUCAACCCACAGGCUCAUCUGCAACCACCUUUACCAAAGAGGAUAGAAGUUCUGUGUCCACAUCAAGGUCUUUUGAACCUUUUACCACUUCUGUUGGUGAUGACCAAAAAACUUUUCCUCCUGGAUCCACCUUGAAUACAAUAAUCUCACCAGUGUCUACAGCUACAUCUUCUUUCCACUCUUCGUACAGCACAGACAAGACUAGUCCUGGUUUCCCAUCAAGCCCUAGUGAGCUCACUCACCCAAGUCUAUUGUCUGAAGUAACCACACUGAUUGUCACAGAGGAGUCAAUAUUGUAUACCAGUGUUUCUGAUUUGUCCAAAUCUACUGUUUCCUCUGAAUCUUCUUUUACCAAAUUUGAAGGAAGUUCGGUAUCCUCUUCAGGUUUUGGCCACCUUUCUACCACCACAGGUAUCUCACAACAUACAUCCUUAAGUCUAAGUGAUGGGUCUACUGUCUAUACAGGCACCCCUGAUUUGUCCACACCUACAGUGAUUUUGGACAUGACUCUUUCCAAAGAGAGCACAAGUUCUGCUUCUACUUCAAGUUCAGCAUCAGUUUCUGUUGAUACCUCCUCUACCAUCCCUACUGGGGGUCCUGCACCCUCAUCAAGUUCUAGCUUGUUGCCUUCCACUACCAUCCCAACCAUCACUGAGGAAUCCAAUUUAUAUCCAGACCAGUGGAGGAUCUACUAUCUUUCAAAGCAGCACAGGGAUACCAAACGCAACAAUAUCAUCUAA